AUGCCUACCUUCUUCAAGAAAAGACAUAGUAAGAAUAAUUCCAAGUCUUCAGGAGGCAGUUCUUCUCCGAAAUAUCGGAGAUCCAAAGAGUCAUCUAAGGAUCCACAUUCAAGUUCGUUCAACGUCAUAUCCGCCUCUCUUGUUGCCCCCCCUACCAAUUUACCAUCCCCUGAUGUUCAUCAACCUGAGGAUCAUGGCAACACCUCUGAAUCUACAGCUUUCUUUCCUCAUAGCAUUCCAGCAUCACAAUUGAAUGACACUUCUGCAUCUCCCCCUCCUACUUCUCCGUUGCCUACUUCUCCAAGUUUUCAAGCCUCUUUUCAGGAGCGUGAUCACUCACCGGUGGGACAACAUCAGCAUCAGCAUCAGCAGCAGCAGCAGCAGCAGCAACAGCAACAGCAACAGCAACAGCAACAGCAACAGCAACAGCAACAACAACAGCAGCAACAACAGCAACAACAAGAGAAACAGCAACAGCAACAAGAACAAGAACAACAACAGCAUCAACAUCGCUUUACUGAGUCCGCUACUCACAGAAUGAGUGAUCAUCAUUCUACGAAAGCUGCCACUACUCCUCGAAUGCAGCAGAAGGCUGACGGAAAGGAUUACGAACUCGCACAAAAUCCGAGACCAUCGUCUUCCUCCAACAUGUCAUUGACUGAAUUGAAACAGAUAUUAUCUCAUACACCAUGGAGAAAGAAGAGAUUAUACAACUCUCCUUUUCCACGGUUCAGUCAUGCCGCAUCUGCUGCCACUUCUGACACGGGUGCCGUUUAUCUCAUGGGUGGACUAUGCGGGAAGAAUGUCUUUGGAGAUAUGUGGGUUCUUGAGCCCGUGAAAGGAGAUGAUACUGCUCCGGAUGGUUCAGCUGACGAUGCUUCUUCGGAGGCAUAUCCAUAUAUCGCAUCGCCAAUUGAGAAUUUUGAUCGUAUGCCGGCACCAAGGAUAGGCCAUGCAUGUGUAAUGAUUGGUAAUGCAUUCAUAGUGUUUGCUGGUGAUACGGUCACAUCUUCUACCCAGGUUUUGGAUAACAGGCUUUAUUUCUUCAACAUCACCUCCAUGAAAUGGACCGUCACCGCUCCUAAGGGGCCUUGUCCUACGGGAAGGUAUGGACACCAAAUUGCCGUUCUUAAUUUUGAGGUUCCACAUCAGCCAGGUCGUUGGCUCAGUUACUUAUAUGUAUUUGGUGGUCAGCUUGAGGAUGACUAUUAUGGUGAUACAUGGAAAUUUGAUCUUACAAACUUCAGAAACCCUGAUACUCGUUGGGUUAAAAUUCCACAAACCGAAUUUAUUCCUCCACAUCUUGCAAAUCACAGCAUGACAGCGUUCGAUAACCGGCUUUAUGUGUACGGUGGUAGUGAUGGCCGUAAGGUUUAUAAUGAUCUUCUUUGCUUUGAUCCUCUCAGUGAAGAAUGGACUCUUUGCGAACUUCAUGGCAGCUCCCGGCCUCCUGCAUUGCAAGAUCAUGCUGCUACUCUGUAUCAGAAUUUGAUGUUCAUAUAUGGAGGAAAACUGGAGAACGAGGAACCGUCUUCGGAUAUGUACGUUAUUGAUUUGAAAUCCUUCAACUGCUGGAAAAUUAUUUCUCAUUUGCCUUUCAGUCCUGGACCCAGAUCGGGGCACUCGCUCACCGUUGACUCUGCCAAUGAAAGGCUAAUAGUUAUGGGAGGAGAUCAACCAGAUAAUGAUUUUGAUGGUGUUUAUGAAGAAUCAAUCAGGGCACUUGAUGAAAGCAAGUUCUCUUUCCCAAGCUCUGUCAUCUAUGAAUUUGAUUUACGGAUGCUGCCUAACUUCAUGGAGAGACCUCGUCAGGCUGCGAAAUCCCUUGCAAUUGACAAAAGUGGUACUACAAGUAGUAAUUCUCUUGUGACUAACGAGGACCAAUUCACUGAUGCCGGAGAGACUGCAGAUAGUGAUGUCGAGCCUUAUCCUCCAAUAGUGUCUGACAGUGAGCACGGCGAUGCUCCUGAUCAUGAAGUUCCUGGUGUGGAUGCAGAAAGUACAACUAUUGAUGAACAUGAACUUGUCUCGUCUACUCCGAAGUCUUCUAAGAAUGUUCUUCAAAAAAAUGUAGAAAGCAUUCCAAGUAGAGAAUCUCCUGAGACAUUGGAUGAAUAUGUGGUUGAGGCACCAUCUGAAGUUUCUGAAGAACCAAUUGAUGAUAGAACAUUCAGUAAUCCCUUGCAGACACCUGUCAGUGCCGUUUUUCCAGUCAAUGUUAAAACACCUGAGAGACCAGCCCAAACAUCGAUGUUGAACAUCGCUCCUGUUACAGAGGUGAGUUCUCAAAGUAUUUAUGCCGCACCUCUGCGAGCUAAGCCUGUUCAAUUAACAGAAGGUACUUCUCCUGAAAAUAAUACUUCUGCUGAAUCUUCACGGUCAAGGCAAUUUGAUUCACACUUGUCAACUUUAACUGCAGAGCCAGGUUCUCUUGCGAAGGAACAUAGGACAGUGUCUUCUAUUUCAUCCGUUGGUUCAAUCCAAAAAGAAAGUGCCAAGCUCCAUAAUAUGGCAGUCAUGCUACGUGCUCUUAAGAAGGAGAUGCAGGAAAAGGUUGCUGAGGCAAAUGGCCGUAUUGUAAAGUUGGAACAUGAAAAGGAUGAAGCAUACACUGAAUUAAGUAGGCUUCGGAGGGAAGUAAAUGUUCAUCGUGACGAUAUCCAGGGUACUAAUUCAGCUGAAGCUGAAGUGGAAGAUGGUGUUUUUCAGAAGUCUGAAGAUACAGAUGAGAACACAUCUGAUACCCCAUUGUCGUCGAAGGAGAAAGUCCGGUAUGAGAACCAAAUUCUGCAACUUGAUAAUGAGAACAAAUUAUUGAAUCAGAAGCUUGGCAGUGUCGAAUCCUACAUAAAGGGUGAAUUGGGAAAACUUACAGGUCUGAACGAUGUUAUUAAAUCCCAGCAGGAAUCGAUUUCAAAGUUGCAGAGCCAGGUUGUGGACGAAGCUCAAUUGAAAAAGGAAAUAGCCGAAGUGAAGGGUAAGAACGAUAUAUUGCAAAUUGAAUUGGAUAAAUUCAAGGCGCUACAAGAAGAUAUUAGUCCUGAGGACAAUUCUGCCAGUCAAGAGAAUUUAAAAGAUAAAUCCAAGCUGCCUUUGUCACAUCAAGUGAGCCGGCUUACGGAUGAAGUCAAUAAGUUGAUAGGUACGAUUUCAUCAACGCCGGUUACUGAUAUGGCAGAUAACUCUGUCGAUGAGAACGGCUUCAAAGAGUUUCAAAAGGAGGAUACUAUCAAGAAGUUGCAGGCACAGGUGGAUGAAUUGCUAAACGGUGAGAAAUCUCAGGGCGAUAAGUUGGAGGAGCAAUUACUUGUUCAGCAGAAUAAGUUUAAAGAGUUAGAAUGCACGUAUAAGAAAUCCGUCAGUUCUUUGAACAACACUCACAGAGCGUUGUCAUUGUCACAAACUGAAAUUGAGAAGCUUCGAACCACCAACAAGAAGUUAUCUAGUCAACUUGAAGAGUUAGAGUUGAGAAAACGGAUUCCUUCUUCGUCCUCUCAUUUGAAUGGUAAUGACUCCAAUAAAAUAACUCAAGGUGAAGACGAUUCCGAUGAUGAAAUAGGUGACAACUCCGAAAUUGAGGCUAGAUACGGCUUCAAAAUUAAAGAUUUGGAAGCUGAUUUAUUCAUUGCAGCUCAGGAGAGGGAUAAGUUGCGUGAAGAACUAAUUUCAUUGAAGAAGAAGAUUUACACUUCUCCAGAAGUAUCCAACUCUGCACAGAUGUAA